AUGCCAUUGAUAAAUUUUUUUAUUUCGUUUCUUUUUCUGGUAACGGCUGCUUACGGAUGUGGUAUGACCGUACAUAACGAAGUCACAACCCGAGCAAUGUACUUUUUUAAUCCUACCAUACAGGAAUAUUCCAAAUAUGCCAAUUUUUUACGUAAAAAUCCACAAUUUGUUCAGGCGGGUUCAUUUUUUCCGGAUUGGGGAUACAGUUGUUGGAAAAAUGAUGAACUUUCGGAAAUUGCUCACUGGCCUCCUUUCAUCAAAGCAGCCACGGAUCAUAUUCGCGAAAAGUAUGGAAGUGAAUCGUGGGAACAGGAUGAAGUGGCGCAGGGGGUAAUUUCUUUUCUAUACGCGAUAGUCUCUCAUGGGAUAGCAGAUGGUUCAUUUCAUAGCUUAGGAGGAAUUCAUGAUGGAUUUAUAGCCACAAUGGCCGAAGUUAAUUUUAAGCAAGAUAUUGAGGCGGCACAUUCUGCGGCUGAUAUGGGUGGUGAAUUCACUCUUUCACAUAUGGUUAAUUUGGAUUAUCUAGAGGAUGAAUGGCAAGUGCCUAUCGAUGAUAUAAUAGAAAUAUAUGAAAGAAUUAACAAAACGGCUUCAAAAAAGCAUAUAAACUAUUGUAUUAAACAAGCCUUUACUGCCAUUCAGGCUAAUAAAGUGAGUGAGAAAAUGCCUAUCAUUGUAUUAGUUAUUUUCAGAUGGUCAAAUAAUGUUUCAUUAUUUUAUAGAGGUUUGGAAAAAUUCUUUUUCCAGCCUAUGUCACCUUUUCUGAUUGAAAAAUUGGAAGAAUACUAUCGUGGAGGUAUAAAUAACAUGGCCGCAGAUGUACACGAGUGUUGGCAUAAUUUAUCUAAUUGGCUUGAAAAAGGUCCAAAAAGUGAUUUCUUAUCAUUAUGUGACCCUUUUAAAGAAUCUUAUCAAAAUUCAUUCAUCAAUAAUCAUGGUUUACGAAAUACGUCCGAUUUUAAUGAAUUCUUUCGUAUAUUUUCAUAUGAAUUAUUGAAUGCAAGCGGUUUUACUCUGAACAAUUAUAAAGAUAAACAUGGUAUAACUCAUUAUAAAAUAUAUCAGAAACCAAAAGAUCCUUGGACGUUUUCUUCAUUUUUCGAGGAGAAAUUAAAAGAUAGUGUUAAAUUUCAUCAAAUAUUUAAAGAUGUUAUUUCUUCACCGAAUGACUCUCCACAAUUACGAAUUCAAAUUUCAUCAUCACAACGAGUAAAUCAUCAUCAAUUAACAUCGGAUUAUUCGAUAAUGAAUAAUAGGAUCGAUGAUUCUAGUUGGAUUUCAAAGUGUCAAUUUAUGCCCACAGACCCAAAUUUAUUUGUAAAUUUAGACUUACCAUAUUCUUAUUCAUUGUUUGGUCACGAUAUGGUGACUGGUGACUUCAAUGGAGAUGGAAUUGAAGAUUUAGCAAUCAGUGCACCUUUGUAUGAUGAACAUACAAAUGUUCCCCAUACGGGCGCUGUAUUUAUUUUAUAUGGUAAAUCAACAUUACGACCGCCACUUGAAUCAACAAACAUUCUUGAGCUCUCUGAUCAAAUCUUGUAUGCAAUUGAUCCUCUUCCUCAGUCCCGAUUUGGUUGGUCCCUAGCUGUGGUAGAUUUAAAUUCGGAUGGAAUAGAUGAUUUAGCAAUAAGCGCUCCAUCAUAUGGUACUAACCGGUUUAUAUCUGGAACUGGAAAAGUUUAUGUGUAUUUUGGACAUGUUGAACGAUUAUCUCGGCAACCGGAUUUGGAGAUUUCAAUAGAUGCUAAACCGGCUAAAAAUGAUUGGAAAAUUGAAGAAAUGGGUCAUGUCUUGGCUUCAGGUGAUAUCGAUAAUGAUGGAUUUAAGGAUUUAUUUAUUGGGUGUCCCUAUUGUGGGUUUCAUAGUUCACCAAAGUUAAAGAAGCGCGUAUUACAAACUGGAAGAAUAUUCUCAUUCCUAAGUUCAAGGAAACAUAUUGGAAAUAAGACAAUAUUCGAUAGUGAUUGGUCACUGCAUAGUCCAAGUGGCCAAAAUUAUGAAUGGUUUGGAGCAGCUAUCGCGGUUCAUCAUAGGAGACAAACAAAUAACGGUGUAAAAUCUGAUACUCCAAUAAUAAUUAUUGGUGCACCAGGAUAUAAUAAUCAAUUAAAAACACAGUGGGCUGGUCGUGUUUAUGGAUUUGAAAUUAGAGAUGAUAAUAAAAUGACACCUUUGAAAAUAUUUGAUCUGAGUGGGACCGAAGAAUUUCAAGGAAUCGGAAGUUCAAUAAUUUCUGGUGAUUUUCUUGACGAAGUUGGCGAUUUUUUGAUCAUCACUUCUCAAUCAGAGACAAACAUUCAGAGAUUCCCACUAUACAAUAAGUUCUGGCAAGCCGGUGCUGUUCGUGUAGUAAACAUGAAUUAUCUAAAAGAAGGAACCCUAUUAUCUGAUGAUUAUAUGAGAGUUGGAAAUGGGUUAUUGUCGGUAUUGCGAGGAACUGAGUCAGCAUCUCAUUUUGGAAGUGCGGUAUAUUGGGAUGACGCUAAAAAUUCUCUUUGGAUUUCAGAACCACUUACUUCUUGGGAGGCGGGCCAUAUUUAUAGCUAUCCAUUAAAAUCUCUAUUAUCCUCUCAAGAUGCUUCAAAUACUGAAACUUUUAAAUUAGCUGAAUUAUGUAUAAAAAGUAAAGAAUCAAGAGCAAGAUUUGGAAGUAAGAUCAUAAAAUUUGAUUUUAAUGGUGACGGGAAAAAAGAUUUAGUUAUUGCUUCGGAACAUAGCAGUCAAAGCAUUAGGUUGGGAGGAAGUGUUGCCAUUUUACUGGAAUAA